AUGGCUUCACUUCCUCUGUUACCCAAACCCAUUUCCCCAUUCUUCAAAACGCCGCCGUUUUCCACCAAACCACUCGUCUUCCUCAACUUUCAACCUCGGCUAGCUUCCGAUGUAUCGGUCAAUCUCAAGAAGAAGAACCAGUGGCUCGACCCGUUUGAUGACGGUGAAGACCCGGAUAACGAAUAUGGGUCCUUGUUCGUCGACGGGAAGCAAGACGAAGAUCCGAGACCGCCGGAUAAUCCUGACAACCCUUACGGCUUCUUGAAAUUCCCGAUGGGUUACACAGUCGAGCUCGCUUCUCUGCCGUUGAAAAUCAGAGGAGAUGUUCGACGAUGUUGCUGCGUUGUCUCCGGUGGCGUUUACGAGAAUUUACUCUUCUUCCCGACAAUCCAGCUGAUUAAAGACAGGUAUCCUGGUGUUCAGGUAGAUAUAUUAACGACUGAUAGAGGGAAACAAACAUACGAAUUAAACAAAAACGUGAGAUGGGCAAAUGUGUAUGAUCCAGACGAUCAUUGGCCUGAACCAGCUGAAUAUACAGACAUGAUCGGACUUCUCAAAGGAAGGUACUAUGACAUGAUUCUGUCCACGAAGCUCGCGGGGUGGGGCCACGCAGCGUUCUUGUUCAUGACAACGGCUCGAGACAGAGUUAGUUACAUUUACCCAAACGUUAACUCUGCUGGAGCUGGUCUGUUUCUGUCUGAAACCUUUACAGCUGAAAACACCAACCUUUCAGAAUUAGGCUAUAAAAUGUAUAAUCAGAUGGAGGAUUGGUUAGGAAGACCGUUUAGGAGUGUUCCAAGGACUCCUGUGUUGCCACUUAGGGUAUCGAUUUCACGGAAACUGAAAGAAGUUGUGGCUGACAAGUAUAGGAAGGCUGGAGCAGAGACAGGGAAGUUUAUAGUCAUUCAUGGGAUUGAAUCAGAUUCAAAGGCAUCAAUGCAAUCAAAAGGAGAUAGUGAUAGUUUGCUUCCACUUACAGCAUGGGCUCGCAUAUCAAAGGGUAUCAGGGGAUUCAAGCCGGUUUAUGUGAUUCCGCAUGAGAAAGAAAGAGAAAACGUGGAAGACAUUGUGGGGGAUGAUACAUCUAUAGUGUUCAUCACAACACCAGGACAGUUGGCUGCUCUGAUAAACGAUUCUGCUGGAGUUAUAGCGACAAACACAGCUGCGAUCCAACUAGCUAAUGCGCGAGACAAACCAAGUGUUGGGUUGUUCUCUUCAGAAGAGAAAGCGAAGCUUUUUCUACCAGACGCAGAAGAGAAGAAUAACUGCGUGAUUGUUGCUUCCAAGACCGGAAAACUUGCAGAUAUUGACGUAAAAACUGUUAAAAAUGCAAUGGAGAUCUUUGAAGCAUCAUUGGCUCUCGUGUAA